AUGUCCUGGAAGGACGAUUUCGGAUUCACAGACCGCCUGCGAGUCAUACAGUCCCUUACAACAGCGUACCAGAAAACCUCCUCGACACCUACCAGCGCUUUUGCUGAUGCAAUGGUCAAGGCGAAGCAAAUCGAAACUCAAGCGUACAACCAGGCAACCACAAGAGAUGUCUAUGAUUUAAUCUGCCAGCAGGCAAUUGAUGAAGCUGAAGCAGCGGGGUCUGCUGAGCCAGUCCCUGGCAGCCUGGAGCACGCCGAGGAUGACUUCAAUGAGCCAGAGAACUCGAUCGGGGAAGUAAUUGGGCAAUAUGCAUCUUGCCACCGCCACUAUAGUGGUCUUCACUCUAUUAUUUACAGAUCAAAAUUGCCUGAUGGAACCAUCGGAGCAUUGAAAGUGACUAUUCCCCAUAUGAUGGCAGCUCCGCAUGAUGUCCACCGCGAGGUGCGGCUGCUGCGUGAAGCCUCUCAUGCGCACAUCAUUCCCCUGAUUGAGACAUUCAACCUGGUCGGUGGCAGGUUUGUCCUGGUGUUCCCUUUCGUACGUUAUGACUUCGACCGAUUGCUUCGGCAAGAGAUGGUCACUGCUGCUCAAACACGGUCAAUCCUGCGGGACAUGUUCCGGGCCCUUGCCCAUCUUCAUGGCCUAGGCAUACUCCACCGAGACAUUAAGCCUUCAAAUAUCCUCAUGGAAUCUCCCAAUGGGCCGGCUUACUUAGCCGACUUUGGAAUAUCGUGGAAAGAAGGCGAUGCGGGAUCUGAACCUCCCGAGCAGAAAAUAACGGACGUGGGCUCUACCUGUUACCGAGCCCCGGAGAUUCUCUUUGGAUUCAAAGGGUACGGAGAAGCGCUCGAUCUCUGGGCUGCCGGGUGUGUGGUGGCAGAAGCAAUUUCUGUCGGCCACCAUCAGCUUUUUGACUCGGGGCCCGUAGGCAGUGAUUUAUCGCUGAUUUUCUCUAUCUUCAAAACGAUGGGAACCCCCGAUGAACAGCGCUGGCCUGAAGUUCGGGUCUUACCAGACUGGGGGAAAGUAGAAUUCCACUCAUAUCCUCCUCGGACAUGGGAAGACAUACUACCGGGCGCAUCUUCGAACGGGCGCGACUUGGUCAGCCAGUUAGUGCGCUACGAGAGCAGUGAAAGACUCUCCGCGGCAGAGGCCCUCAAUCAUCCGUACUUCGCCGCGACUUGA